UGCGACCAUUCCGGAUCGUUAUCCCGUCCCUCAUCUUCAAGAUUUUGCUGGAGCUCUUUUCGGCAAAUCGGUUUUCUCGAAGAUUGACCUUGUUCGGGCCUUCCAUCAGAUUCCUGUCGCUCCUGAGGAUGUUUCCAAAACUGCCGUCGCCACACCAUUCGGCCUGUUCGAAUUUAUUCGCGUGCCAUUUGGUCUUCGCAAUGCUGCCCAAACAUUUCAGAGGUUCAUUGACCAAGUCCUACGUGGUCUUCCGUUUGUGUACGCCUACAUCGAUGACCUCUUGGUGGCCAGUCGAAAUGCCGAGCAUCUUGCCUUAAUGUUUGACCGUCUCGAUCAGUUUGGCGUGGUCAUUAACCCUUCGAAGUGUGUUCUGGGUGUGCCGUCCCUUGAUUUUCUUGGCCACCAUGUCGAUGCACAAGGUUUGCGUCCCCUGUCUUCCAAGGUUAAGGCCAUUCGUGACUUUCCUCCACCAACCUCCAAGCGUCAGUUGCAACGUUUCCUUGGCAUGGUAAACUUUUAUCGCCGGUUCCUACCGAACUGUGCCGACCUUAUGCUGCCACUCACCAACUUGCUCUCUGGUCCCAAGGGUCCCCUUGAGUUACGUGGCCACGCGCUGACUGCUUUUGAGAGAAUAAAGACCUCCCUUGCUGAUGCUACCUUGCUCACUCCUUUGUGA